UAGCCAUUUCCACCACUCUCAAGUCAAAGCAAGAAAAGCUCAUAUCUCAAAUCCGAUAAGAAAUUUAGGUUCUUAAUUUUUUGGAGAUGGCUUCAAGAACUAUAGCUUCAACUGCCUUUCUCCUUGCUCUCAACCUUCUUUUCUUUACUUUAGUGAGCUCUACAUAUUGCCCACCAUCAACACCAAAAGGCCAUCCAUCAAAACCUAUUAAACCAUCACCAGUGCCAUCAUAUAAACCAGCUAAAUGCCCAAAGGAUACCAUCAAACUUGGUGUAUGCCUUAAUUUAUUGAACGAUUUAUUGAGUGUUACAAUCGGUACCCCACCAAAGACUCCUUGUUGUAGCCUUCUUGCUGAUCUCGUUGAUCUUGAAGCUGCUGUUUGCAUUUGCACUACCCUCAAAGCUAGUGUUGCAGGUAUUAGCUUGAAUGUUCCGGUUAAUUUGAGCUUGUUGCUUAACUACUGUGGUAAGAAGGUGCCAGAAGGGUUUCAAUGCGCUUAAAUUAAAGUCAUUUUGUUUUUAUUUAUUUUUAUCUUAAGUUCUUUGUUGUGUUUUUGGUGUCGGGGUGUUUUAUAGCCUAUGGCGUAAACAUUCUAUCAAUAAUUCAUUAUUGUACGAUUUAUUUAUUUUUAUCUAUUUAUGAAGACUUCUCGUCUUCGUCGUGUUGUUUUGUAUUCCGCAUCACUGUACUCAAUUCUUCUUGUUAAAUUUGAAAUUAUAAUUUAUUAAAUACUUCUUUAUGCAA